AUGAGUUUGGUAUUCAUGAUUUUCUUGGCUUUUAUACAUCUAUCAGCAGUCGUCGGCAACCUACAGAUGCUGUUGAGUUGUUUCAAAGACGAAAAAAAGUACUCGUUUCUUCAAAGAGGCAGAAUGUUUCUCAUUAUUCAGUGGGUUUGCCAGGUCACAAUUCUCGUCGCUGACACAGUAGAGUCAUGGAAAGUAUUUGCAAGUCACCUCAAAAAGAUCUGUAAUAUCUUCAGGGUCCUGUCGCUUUCUGUGCUGUUCUUCCAAGCUUGCAACUUGUUGGCGAUAGUAACCAUCGUUUUGGAAACCCCAGUAAAGCGUGGAAACCGAGAGUUUUCGACCAAACUCAAAAUAUUUGCAGUCCUUGCUCUAGGACUCACUGUGGGCUCAGUAACAAUGUGGUGGUACAACUGGUUUUCCUCUCAAAAUCUUUCUCAGAUGGCCCUGAAAGCCACUGUUUUGCUUCUGUCAUCGUGGUCAUUCUACUGGUGUCGAUGGCGGCACGGAAUACCAGCAUUUAAGACACGCCAACGGAAGAACAAAAGACACGAGCUUCGGUUUGGAAGAUCUUUAAAAAAAAGAAAAAAUUGUAUUUGUGGUUACUGUGUUAAUUUUGUGCUCGAAAUUAAUUUUUUUCUGGGAAUUUAGCUCCAACUCAACCCCCUAGUAAAAUUAAAGAUUUACAAAAACCGAUGGUGUUAAAGGAGUUUGCCUAUUCAAUUAUUGAGACGUUUCUUGUUGGAAUCUAUCUACCAAUAAUUUAA